AUGGCUUCAUCAAUGCAGCUCGUCCCCGGAGCCUACAACGGUCAGAGAUUCUUCCCCGUGGAUCUGUACCGCCAAACAAAAAGCCUCACCAAAAAGACGCUUAAAAUCAUUCUCACCCAUCACGCCACAAUCACCAUUUACAGCGCCCUAGUUCUUCCUAUCAUCGCAUCUUUCUACCUCGGUCUCAGCCGGGAGUUCAACAAGCCCAAUGAUCAGUUCGGAAUUGGAACUCCUCACAACAUCUUCUCUCCUGCAGAGGCGUCAACCAAAGCCCGAGGAGGUCGCGAUACCGUCGCUUUCGCAGGAAUGCGACCAAGAUUCCCAGCGAAGAUGGCCCUGGAUUUUUUUGCCGGAGCACCACUCGCGGCACCUCCAACUGCUACGGUGCGGUACGUAUUUUAUUACUCCCCUGAUGAGGGCAGCGGCGGCAUAUGGAACUACACGCUUCGAGCGGAUGCCGGGCUGGGUAUCUACUCUAGAAACGACCGCCGGGAGAAUGAUGCCGAAGUCUACACUCUGCCAUUGCGACGUGCCGUUGCUGCGGCGAUUGCUAGAUCGUCAUUCCCCUCCAAGUUGCAACAGUAUCCUUACACGCAGGAGACGGGAGAUGAACGUCAAGCACGGGUGCUUCGCGAAUAUCAAAAGACAUUCAUCGACUACUUGAGUGUAUCAUUCGUGAUUGCCCUGAUUGGAACUGAGUCAAGUGUCGACUGCCAAGUCAAAGACUCUCUCAGGCGGCCAGAAGCGCAAGCUACAAUUGGGUAUGAUGUUAACUGGAGAGGAAGCAGGACCAUCAUCAGGACCACGCAUUUCUUGGACGAGGCCGAUUUGCUCGCGGACAAUAUCGUUAUUCUUUCAAGGGGCAAAUUCGAGCUGAAGGGUCCUCUGCCCAGCCCAAAGACAACCUUGGUACUGGUUAUCGGGUGCAUGUUCUCAACGCCAAGUAACUACAUGAAACAUGCUCCCAUGAUGCCCAGCGUCAGACGCGAGGAAUUCUUUAACAUGGUCACCUACGUUGCGCCUUCAUCAAACCUCGCGGCGGAAGUCGUUCGCACAUUGGAACAUGCUCAUAUCCCUCGUCAAAUUUCCGGGCCAACGGUUGAAGACGUGCUCUUGAACCUUGUUGAUGAAGUCGGAGGGAAUGAAGGAAUGCAGUGGGAGACCGGCGAAACUGCGCAAUGA